UGGUGCAUAUAUAAGUCGGAGGAGAGCAGCCAUUAUUCAACAGUCUUGACUCCAUAAUGGUUCGUUACGUGCCCCGGUUCGCUGAUGGUCAGAAAGUAAAGUUGGCUUGGCCCUUGGCGGUUUUUCGGUUAAAUCACAUAUUCUGGCCAUUGGAUCCGAGCACGGGGAAAUGGGGCCGAUAUCUGGACAAGGUUCUGGCUGUUGCGAUGUCCUUGGCAUUUAUGCAACACAACGAUGCAGAGCUGAGGUACUUGCGCUUCGAGGCAAGUAAUCGGAAUUUGGACGCCUUUCUCACAGGCAUGCCAACGUAUUUGAUCCUCGUGGAGGCGCAAAUUAGGAGUCUUCACAUUCUACUCCACUUCGAGAAGCUUCAGAAGUUUUUAGAAAUAUUCUACGCAAAUAUUUAUAUUGAUCCCCGCAAGGAACCCGAAAUGUUUCGAAAAGUGGAUGGAAAGAUGAUAAUAAACAGAUUGGUUUCGUCCAUGUACUUAGCAGUUAUCUCGCUGUAUCUAAUCGCACCCGUUUUUUCCAUCAUUAACCAAAGCAAAGACUUUCUAUACUCUAUGAUCUUUCCGUUCGAUUCGGAUCCUUUGUACCUAUUUGUACCACUGCUUUUGACAAACGUAUGGGUUGGCCUUGUAAUAGAUACCAUGAUGUUCGGAGAGACUAAUUUGCUGUGUGAAUUAAUUGUCCACCUAAAUGGUAGUUAUCUGUUGCUUAAGAGGGACUUGCAGUUGGCCAUUGAAAAGAUAUUGGUUGCAAGGGACCGUCCGCAUAUGGCCAAACAGCUAAAGGUUUUAAUUAUAAAAACUCUCCGAAAGAAUGUGGCUCUAAAUCAGUUUGGCCAGCAGCUGGAGGCUCAGUAUACUGUGCGGGUUUUUAUUAUGUUUGCAUUCGCUGCGGGCCUUUUAUGUGCGCUUUCUUUUAAGGCUUAUACGAAUCCUAUGGCCAAUUACAUCUAUGCUAUUUGGUUCGGUGCUAAAACAGUUGAGCUGCUUUCUUUAGGACAGAUUGGUUCCGACUUGGCCUUUACUACGGAUUCUCUCAGCACAAUGUACUACCUUACCCAUUGGGAGCAAAUCCUGCAGUACUCUACAAAUCCCGGCGAAAAUCUGCGACUACUAAAGCUCAUUAACUUGGCCAUUGAGAUGAACAGCAAGCCCUUCUAUGUGACAGGGCUAAAAUAUUUUCGCGUUAGUCUGCAGGCUGGCUUAAAAAUUCUGCAGGCAUCCUUCUCGUACUUCACAUUCCUCACUUCGAUGCAGCGACGACAAAUGAGCAAUUAAAUAAUUCACAUUUUUUUAAUGGCAUACUGCCUCCUUCUGCGACUCUAGUCCGCUGAUACAAAUGAUUGCAUAUUAAAAGUCAAUUAUUGGUGAAAUAAUUUUAAUUAAAUUAAAUUGAUAAAAGGAGCUGGCUUACA